UGGGCGGAGCCGGCCGGCAUGAGUGGCGGAGGGACCGAGACUCCCGUGGCGUGCGAGGCCGCCCAGGGCGGCGGCGGCGGCGGCAAGAAGCGUGACUCGCUGGGGACUCCGGGUGCGGCGCACCUCAUUAUCAAGGAUCUUGGAGAGAUUCAUUCAAGGCUUCUGGAUCACAGACCAGUUACCCAAGGGGAAAUUCGAUAUUUCAUAAAAGAAUUUGAAGAAAAGCGUGGCCUUCGCGAAUUGCGAGUUCUUGAGAACUUGAAGAAUAUCAUCGAGGAAACAAAUGAGCGCAUGCUUCCCAAAUGCAGAGAGACAAUGCAGGAUGGUCUGGAGGAGACCCUGCAGAAACUGCAAGCAGCCAACGACUCCAUCUGCAGACUCCAACAGAGAGAACAGGAACGAGAAAAGGUGAUUCAUGACCACUUGACAGCUAGUGAGAAGCAGCGUCUGCUCCAGUGGGAGGAGUUCCUGAAAGAACAGCCACAGCGCCGAGCUGAAGUGGACGAUGAGCACAGAAGAGCCAUGGAAAGGCUCAGAGAGCAGUAUGCCGCAAUGGAGAAGGACCUAGCAAAGUUUUCUACCUUUUAAGAAUCUGAUCUACAGGGACAGAUGAAUGAGAAGGCACUGGCUUCCCCCAAAUCUUUCUACCAACCACAGAGCCUCUUCUGCAAGCUUAGAAAAACACGCAGUGGCACUCCUAGGUCUGAAGAGAGAAACUUCUGGAGCCAGAUAAAUGUCCACUGGAAGAAGAGUGCUUGCAUGUCUGAAUGUGAUCAUCUGAAGAAGAGUGAAAACGGGACUGAUGUGUUACGAGUCAGAUUUGGUCUUUUCGGUGAUGAGCUCAGAUUGCUGUGUGCACAGUUCUCCAAGAGUCCACUUCAUUGUCACCAAGGGUAAUGGCAGGUAUGACAGCUGCCUGUCACAGCAUCCUUGGGGAAGGUCAGAACAGCUCCUCUUGUGACAGAGAGGCCAUGGUGGGCUUUCUUGGAGACACCAGGUUUUGCAGAAUAACACAAUACUGUGUGUUUUGCUGGGUGACAUGACACAUGCCUUGUAGCAUUUAAUAUUUUCAUCUUCUAAAUUAUGCUUAGGAGAAAAAUCCUACCAAAAUGUAUUUUGACAUUUAGCCUCUCCAAGGAUCAUCAUCCUGCCCAUAGUACCCCCUCUCUCCUUUUGUGUCCAUUUUGCUUUGUGUGGGCUCUUUAAGGAACAGCAUCUGUGCAUGCUUCAGCUGCUCAGUGGGUAGUCAGCAGAGUCCACAUGGAGUCCCUCCGGAACCAUGUAAGACUGGCUCUGGGCAGGCCAGAAAUGUCCAUCCACGCAGCAGAUGAUCUAUGUGAGAGGUGAAUCCCCUGCGUAUUAAUGUCCGUCCUCUAGCAGGUGUGUCCAGUGGAACACCACUGUCCAUCACCACUGUGGUCAUUACACACUUGCCCUUAAUCUAAUCCAAGAACCAUGUUGAGUUUCAUUUGCUAUAAAUUAAACAGACAUGCAUGCAGCCAGUGGAUUUGAGGUGCGGGUGAGUCUUUCUAGUAUUUUCUGUUGCUCUUUAGUCAAGAACGGUAAGAAAGAAAAUACCUCACUCUCAUGAUAUCUCAGUGUUUUCACUGCAGAAAAUUGACAAUGCUUGCCUGUGUAAAUGUAUGGCCGACUGUGAAAGCUUCAUUCUUGGCUCAUGCUGAAAUGUGAUUAAAGCUAAUAGAAGAGAUGAAAUAAG